AUGAGCGUUUCUCUUUUGAACUGGCUGGAAAGCCUGGAGCUUUCCAAGCCCGUUGUUUGCGUGGAAACGGACUUUGCGGACGGCUUCCUGUUUGCAGAAGUGCUGCUGCGGCUGUCGCUGCUGCAGGACCUGCGGGGCUUUCAAAGCUGCGGCGGCGAGGCCGCAAAGGCGCAGAACUUCGCAGCUUUGCGGCCAGCUUUGGCGCAAAUAGGAAUUCAAUUAAGUGCGGGUUUAAUGCAAAACAUAAUCGGCACCAAGUCCGGAGCAGCAGCAAGGCUUCUGCAGCGCAUUCAAGAAGCUGCUGCUGCGAAGCAGCAGCAGCAAAAGGCCUCCAUUGACACUCUUCUUGCACAGUCCUCCCAAAAACUCGCAAAAGAAAAAAGUGGAAGGUCCCCAAACGACCCAACUCGCAAACCUGCACAGCCCCGCUCCUCGGGUGUAUCUCCACCUCGCGCGAAACCCGCGCGCGCAGCCCUCGAGCCCCCGCCUCUCUCCGCCACUUCUGUUUCUCCUCGAAAACCAAAAACUUCUUCAAAUGCCACCGCGAGGGCCCAAGUUUUCGACUGCAUUGAUGCAUUCGAGCUCAGCCUCCAGCGCCAGGGCCUAGCCAGCCCCCCGGGGGCCCCCCUGCCCCCCCCGGGGGGCCCCUCUUCGCCCCGCUCGCCCCGCGCGGCUUCUUCCCCUCGCGCUGCGGAAACCCCAAGGGCUUUGGGGGCCCCGGGGGCCCCCGGAGCUCCUGGGGGCCCCCCGGGGGGCCCCCCGGGCGGCGGGGCCCCGGGGGGCCCCCCGGGGGUCCCCUGCGGGGGGUGCGGGCGGGCCGUGGAGGAAGUGCUGCAGCAGAUGUGUCUGCGGCUGCCGUCGGCGCAGAGCCAAGUGGAGUUCAACUCGCAGCUGCUGCAGCAGCUGCAUGCAGCAAAAGAAGCUCACGAAGCAGAAAGCUACGAAAGGGCCAGGAGGCGGCAGCAGCUGCUGAUGCAGCAGGCGCAGCAGUGCAGAGAGGCGCUCACUGCCCACGUCGCUGCUGCUGCUGCGCCCGCCGCGGCGGCCGCCAGCAGCAGCAGCAGCAGCAGCAGCAGCAGCAGCAGGCGUUCGGUGGAUGGGGCGAAGCUGGCUGCUGCUGUGGCCCGGGCGCGGGCGUACGAGGGCGUGGUGCGCAGCAACGCGGAGGUGCGGCGGGAGCUGCUGCAGCAGCAGCAGCAGCAGGCGGCGCUGCAGCAGCAGCGGCACUUGGCGCUGCAGCAGCAGCAGGAGGCGCUGCUGACGCGCGCAGCGGCGGAGGAGCAGGCGCGCGUGUGGCGGGGUGUACGUACACUGCGCAGGGCCCUCAAGCGCUCGCGGCUCGUCAGUGCAUGCGAACUUCUUUCAAAAGAUUUAAUUGAAAUGGCAUUAGCAGCAGCAGAGUACAAGGAGAGCCACAACAGCCCCAGCCUGCCCUCCCGCGUGCUGCGCGGCUGGCUCUCCGCCUUCGUCGCCGGCGAGCAGCAGCAGCAGCAGCAGCAGCAGCAGCCAGCAGCAGCAGCAGCAGCAGCAGGAGGGGUGUGGCGCGGGCAGCGCCAGGUGCUGGUGCGGCUGCCCGCGGCGCCGCCAGGUGUACGUACACCCCAGCUGCAAAUGAGGCCCCCUCUUUCUCCACUUUCUUUUUCUUUCAUUAUUCAAAUUAAAGACUUUUUGAACGCCAGGGGCCCCUGGGGGCCCCUCAGCUUCCCGCAGCUCUUCCCCUGGCUGCCCCCCGCCCCCUCCAUGCAGGACUUUGCUGCUGCUCUUCUUCGCAAUCAUAAUAAUAAUAAUAAUAAUAAUAAUAAUAGUAAUAAUAAUAAUAAUGGCAUUAAUGAUGGUAGUGGCGCUGCUAAUAGGGACGCGCAGGGCGGGGGCGCUGCUGAGCAGGCAGCAGCAGCAGCAGCUGCUGCUGCUGCUGCAAACGCAGAAAGUCCAGCAGCAGCAGCAGCAGCAGCAGCCGCAGGAGCGGCGAAAGCAGCUGCUGCUCCGAGCAGCGUGUCUGCUGCUGCUCCCACAACCAGCUCGGAUGAUGCUGCUGCGGCAGACGCCGAUGCAGCACCUGCUGCUGCUGCUGCUGCUGCUGCUGCACCGGUGGAAGCGCCGCAGCUGGAGUCUGUUGGCGAAUUGGUCAGUCUGCUGCUGGACGCAGCAGAAGCAGCAGCAGCAGCAGCUUCUGCGCCCCCCCAACCUGCUGCUGCUGCUGCUGCUGCUCUCCGCAUUAUAAUUACUGGCAAACCCAACAGUGGGCAGCUAGCGCUAGCCGGCCAGCUAGCCAGCAGGUACAAACUCGAAGUAGUAACUCUUGAGCGAACAGUUCAGGAGGCAAUGGAAGCAGCAGCAGCAGCAGAUGCUGCUGCUGCUGCUGCUGCUGCGGCAGCCGAAGACGGGACGAACGCUGGCAGCAGCAACGCAAAAGAGCCCCUGCAGCCUCAGCAGCAGCAGCAGCAACAACAACAACAACAACAGCAGAAACAGCAACAGCAACAGGAAGAGAAUGUAGCAGCAGCAGCAGCAGCAGCAGAAGCAGCAGCAAGCCCACGAGCAGCAGGAGGAAGUGAGUUGUCUUUGGUGGAGUUGGGGCGUGUUGCUGCGAACUACUUGACCAAAGGAAAAGAACUGCCAGAUGAAGUUUCAGUUUUGCUGAUUGCCGAAAAGCUGAAUCGGCUGUUUGCUGCUGCGGAGUGUACGUACACCCCGGAGGAGCAGCUGCGGCGGCUGUGUUCUUCCGCCUUCGAAGAGCCCCCGGGGGACAGCAGCAAAGCAAAUAGCAGCAGCAGCAGCAGCAGCAGCAGCAAGGGCUCAGGGAAGCGCGGCAGAGGCAAGGCAGCAGCAGCAGCAGCACCGUCGGGGCAAGACAGCAGCAGCAGAGGCGGGAGCAGCAACAGCUCGGGUGUAUCGACAACUGCGGAGGCACCCCGUUGCGGCUGGAUCCUCCUCGGGUUUCCCACAACUAUUAAUCAGUAUAUUUAUUUGGAAAAAGUAAUUUCGGGGUUUAUUUUAAAUGAAUUAAAGCCUCCGAGCGACGGCGAGAUCAUCAAGGAGAAGAGCGCCUUCGUCGUGCCCAUGCCACAGGCGGGCAGCAGCAGCAAACUGUCUCUUCUGGAUUUGUCUUUUGCCUUCGAAGCGCACCAAGAAUUCGUACAGGAGUUUCUUACGAACUUUGGCAUUCAAGAGGAGCCCCGGCUGCUCAAGCUCAGCAGCACAGACACAAGCGAAAUAUUUGCAGCUGCCACACAAAAAAUAGACCGUAUUUUAGCUUUGAAGGUGGAAGCACUAAAGGCCAAGGAAAAGAAAGCAGCAGCAGCAGCAGCAGCAGCAGCAGCAGCUGCUGCUGCUGCUGCUGAAGGAACAGGAGGAGCAGCAGCAGCAACGGGUGCAGCAGCAGCAAACCCGACUGAAACAACAACAGCAGCAGCGGCAGCUGCAGCAGCAGGCUCGGGCACUGCAAGUGCUGGUGCAGCAGCAGCAGCACCAGCAGCAGAGGGAGAAGAAGCAGCUGGAGAGAAGGAGCAGCAAAACCUUGAAGACGAAUCGAGCAGCAACGCAAACCACUCCUUCAGGUCUCUGUGGAGCCAGCGGCUGGAGCAAAUGGAAGAAGAAACAAAAGUAUAUUUGAAAGAACAAUGGUUGGACUUAACGGAGGGCUUUUUGACUUCGGUGGCCCAGGAGGAGCUGCACUUGCGAGUGGACGAGUUGAUAGAUUCUCUGUACUGCCAAGAAGAGGCGGAGCGGCAGAAAGCAGAAAAGGAAAUAAAAAGAAUAAAUGAAUUAAAUGUCACUUCUUCUUUUGCCGAACUUUUGGGCGCGCAAGUGGCCAUGGCCGUGGAGGCCGAGAUCGCCAGGUGUCUGUACACCCCAAAUGACGGGAAGGGGGGGGGCAGCAUAUACCGGCGGUUGGGGAGUCGCUGCUGGAGCGCUGCAGACGAAAGUUUGCAAAAUGAAUUUUAUAAAAUGAAAAAAGAAAUUAAAAUAAAAUAUUUGCUGCGGCUGCGGGAGUUGUGUCUGUGGGGUUCGGGUUUGCUGCUGCUGCUUGCUGCUGCUGCUGCUGCUGCGAGGCAGCAGCAGCAAAACUGGAUUGCUGCAGCAGCACUUGCCCGCCAAGAAGCAAUUGGCUAUUUGGCCAUUUACCUCAAGCAGCAAAUCGAAUUGGAAAAAGAUAUCAAUGUAGACAUUCAAAUCAACGGCAGCAUAUACCGGCGGUUGGGGAGUCGCUGCUGGAGCGCUGCAGACGAAAGUUUGCAAAAUGAAUUUUAUAAAAUGAAAAAAGAAAUUAAAAUAAAAUAUUUGCUGCGGCUGCGGGAGUUGUGUCUGUGGCUUUCAUUUUCGGAUAUCUCCACACUUUCGGAGAGCACUCUGCUGUUUCCAGACAAACAAUGUUUCUGCUGCUACCUGGGCCUGGUGUUUGCUUCGGAGUUGCUGCUGCGCUUCGACGCGAGCAGCAGCAACUUGUAUUCUUUUAUUCCUUUUUUUAAUUCUCUUCUUCCUUUCGAAAAGAUCCAAUUGCUGCACAAUUGGGUGGCCCUCGUUUUGAACGCUUUGCUGCUGCUGGCCCCGGACUUCAGCGGACAGGGAGAUGAACUCAAAGACGAAGUUGCGAGGUUUCUCCUGAAGUCUUCGCUUGAUAAUAUCACCCAGCUGGAGGCGUUUCUAGAGACUGCAGAAAACGUGCUGCUGCGCAGCGGCACUUUGCCUACGAAGACGCGCUGGGCGAGGCCGAAACAGCUAGCUGCUGAAGCUGCUGCUGCUGCUGCUUCUGGUUCUCCUGCUGCUGCUGCUGCUGCUGCAGCAGCAGCAGCUGCUGCUGCUGCAGCGGAGGGACAGUCCGGGAGCUCCCCCGACGCCACCGCAGCAGCCUCUGCAGCAGCUGCAGCAGCUGCAGCAGAGUCGCCCCCAGAAGCAGCAGCAGCAGCAGCAGCAGCAGACCCUGCUGAGCGGCUGAUGCUGCGGCUAAAUGCAAGGCGGCGGCGGCAGCAGCUGCUGCGGCAGCGAGCAGCAGAAGAAGCAGAAGUUGCUGCUGUGCUGCAGUCCAUUCCUUUCAAACCCUCAGUGCCAACGAAGACAAUAGAACAAGAGAGAAGAGCCAAACUCACUGAUUUAGGGUUUGUAGAAGUUGUCGAAUUCGCCAAACCCUGGAGGCUAAACCCUCAUCCUGAAAACGGAGAAGAAACCCCCGACCUCUGGGCAGCAGUUAUGGAACGUGAAAAGAGGACCUGGCCCGAGGGUUUGGUACUUGACGGUUUGUUGACUCGCGCUGACUGCACCACUUUUGGCUUCGACGAAAAACGCAAGGAGUUUGUGAAGCUGCUGGACAGAUAUGAGGAAGAGCUGGAGCGCGGCAGCGGCAUAUCUCUGGGCACUGUUAUUUUCUUCUUGAUGAUUUUCAUCAGAUGGUAUACGAGCUAG